GCACAGUAGCUGGGCAGCACACAGGGCCAGCCUGUGCUCAAAGGCAGCUUGCAAAGUGGUUUCGGGCAGGUGGGGAGGAACGACCAGAAACACAGAAUACUCUGGACUGGAAGCUUAACCAGAUAAAGGAUGAUGAACGUUGAAACAGAAAUGGGACUUCCACCUAUUGAGCAAAAAUCAGGCCUCCAAAUAUGGACCAUCGAGAAUAUGAAGAUGGUGCCUAUUCCUGAAAAGGCUUAUGGGAGUUUCUUUGAAGGGGACUGCUACAUCAUAUUAAAUAAGUCAAAGACGCAGCAUGGCUUUGCCACCGAUCUCCACUACUGGAUUGGGCGCGAUGCCACCCAGGAUGAGCAAGGGGCCGCUGCUUUCUAUGUGACCCAGCUGGACGAUGCCCUGGGGGGGAGAGCUGUGCAGCACCGAGAGGUCCAAGGAUACGAAUCAGCUGCAUUUAAAAGUUAUUUCAAAAAAGGCAUAAUCUACAAGAAGGGGGGAGUUGCUUCAGGAUUCAAGCACGUUGAGACAAACACGUACAACAUCAAACGACUCCUUCACGUUAAGGGCAAGAAGCAUGUGUCCGCGACAGAGGUUGAUCUUUCUUGGGACAGUUUCAAUAAAGGCGAUGUCUUUCUGUUAGACCUUGGUAAAGUGUUGAUCCAGUGGAAUGGACCUUCCUGCAAUGUCGCUGAGAAAUCGAGGGGAAUGAUCUUGGCACGAAGCAUCCGGGAUGGCGAGAGAGGCGGGCGUGCCCAAAUUGGCAUCGUCGACAACGAGAAAGAUUGUCCAGAGCUCAUGCAGAUCAUGAAGGCGACACUGGGAGAGAGGACCCGAGAGAUCAGAGACCCACUUCCCGAUGAAAAAGCAGAUGAACAUCAGAAAGCCAAUGUCCGCCUUUACCAUGUGUACGAAAAUGGCAAAGAUCUUGUGGUUCAAGAAAUUGCAACCCGGCCCCUCACCCAAGACCUCCUGAGUCACGAGGAUUGUCACAUUUUAGACCAGGGAGGUUUUAAAAUCUACGUCUGGAGAGGAAAAGAUUCCAGCAAGGAAGAAAAAAAGGCCGCUUUUAGUCGGGCAGUGGGCUUCAUCCAAGCCAAGGGAUAUCCUCCGUCUACAAAUGUCGAAGUUGGAAAUGAUGGAGGAGAGUCAGCCAUGUUUAAACAGCUCUUCCAGAAGUGGACAGACAAGUAUGAGACUCAAGGACUUGGCAAAGUCUACACCACUGGCAAAAUUGCCAAAGUGGAUCAAGUUAAAUUUGACACCACUCAAUUAUACGCGAGACCAGAAAUGGCCGCUGAAGAAAGGAUGGCGGAUGACGCCUCUGGACAAAUUGAGGUAUGGCGGAUUGAGAAUCGGGAGAUGAUUCCAGUCAAUCCCAAGACCUAUGGCCAGUUUUAUGGGGGUGACUGUUACCUUGUCUUGUAUACCUACAUGAAGUUGGGCAAACCUCAUUACAUUAUCUACAUGUGGCUUGGCCGCCAUGCUUCGGUGGACGAAAUUACAGCUUGUGCUAUCAACGCUGUGGAGCUGGACAAGAAAUAUGGGGAUGAGCCAGUCCAGGUUCGAGUGACAAUGGGGAAGGAACCCCGACAUUUCCUUGCUAUCUUCAAGGGGAAUUUGAUCAUUUAUGAGGGAGGCAUCAGCCGUGGCCAGAAGAACGAACCUGAACCAGCUGUCCAGCUCUUCCAGGUGAGAGGUGCAGCAGCAUUCAACACCAAAACGGUGGAGGUCCCAGCCCGAGCUUCUUCUCUCAAUUCCAACGAUGUCUUCCUUCUCAAGACCAACCAAGUGUGUUACCUGUGGUGUGGGAAGGGAUGCAGUGGGGAUGAGCGAGAAAUGGCCAAGAGUGUGGCUGAUGUCAUCUCCAAGUGGGAUAAACAGACCGUUCUGGAGGGACAGGAACCAGCUGAAUUUUGGGUUGCCCUUGGAGGCAAAGCUCCCUACGCCAGUGACAAGAGGUUCCAGGAACAAGUCCCCCACUAUCAGCCUCGCUUGUUUGAGUGCUCCAAUCAGACUGGGCGGUUCAUCAUGACCGAAAUUGUGGAUUUUGGCCAGGAGGACUUGGAUGAAGAUGACGUCAUGCUGCUGGAUACUUGGGAAGAGAUUUUCCUUUGGGUUGGGAAAACUGCCAACAACUAUGAAAGGACAGAGUCCAUUUCUGCAGCCAAAGAGUAUCUGAAGACUCACCCGGCGGGGAGAGAUGCAGCAACCCCGAUCAUCAUGGUCAAACAAGGUCAUGAACCCCUGAACUUCACGGGUUGGUUCACUGCCUGGGACCCCUACAAGUGGAGUGAUGGGAAGUCUUACGAUCAGAUGAAGAGCAGCUUAGGAGAUGUCUCUUCCAUAUCAGAAAUCACAAUGGAUCUGAAAAAUGCCAACUUCAGCAACAGAAACGCCAGCAGUAAGCCCGUCACUGCCAAUCCAGUCAUUUCAGAGGGCCAGUCAAAUCUGCAGGAAGACCAGACGCUCACUAACAGUAGUCACGUUUACAACGUCAACACACCCUUGCGAGAGACAAAUGAGAACAGUGCAUUUCCUAGAGACCUGCUGAUUAACAAGAUGGUGGAUGAGCUUCCAGAAGGUGUGGACCCCACCAAAAAGGAGUACUAUCUGUCUGACCCAGAUUUUCAUGAUAUCUUUGGGAAGACGAAGGAUGACUUUUACCAGAUGCCUAAGUGGAAACAGCAAAAUGAGAAGAAACAGCAUGGACUCUUUUGAACCAAGGGACGGGCAGUUGGUGACACCUGAAAACAGGGAUGUCUGCAAGGGGGUCAUAAAGGCCAAGAUGGUGGCCACAACGUGUCUCAGAAGUGCUGAUGCGGGUAAAAACGUGGUGGGACUUGGAUCACUCGGUGGCAACCACCAUCUUGACGGUUUUGACAUCCCUGCUCACAAAGAAGACGAACUUGGAGGAAAGGCGCCUGUCCCCAAACCUGAAGAGGGCGAUUUUAAAACAAAAUGUUCUUGAAAUCAGCACUGUCAACAAUAAUCUUAACAAAUGAUUUCCUCAUUCUCUCAGCCAUGAAAAUAGCAGCUUUUUCCCCCCUACCAGAAUGGUUUCGUUUAUUUGCACAAGACACGUGUGAAAGUUUGUUUUUUUUGAAAUGUAGGUGCUGUACGUAAAUGGAAGCAAAAUGGGCCCACAGUUUGGGGAGCGAUUGGCAUACAAUGAUUACUGCAUGUGAUCAGGGCUUGUGAAAAGAUACCACCUUCCACCUGGGUGAAACUGGGGAGGGACUGAAGGGAGAGUGAAAUACCCUGAGUAAAAGUCAAGAUUACUUUUAGAUGCCAAACAAUCAGAAAUCUUACAAGGACAUGGAAGAAUCUAGCUGGCUGUUGUUAGAAGCAGAUGCUAAGUUUCCA